UGGUGCGAAUCAUCCGUUUGGCUGCCAGUAGUUGUAUCUCCGUGUAGCCGGCCUGUAGCCUGUUCUGUGCCCGGGCUCUCGGUCAGGUGAGUCGUAAUGGCUUCAGAUAGCGAUGAGGGAAAGGAGCGUCUCAUUGAAGACGUUAGGCCCAGUUUGCGAAAGCGCAUUGUGGUGGAGCGGGUUCUAGAUCAAUUACAUACAAUCGAAGACGACCAGAAGGAGCAGAUCAGACAAAAGGCCAGGAGCGCUGGCGAUUUCGAGGCUGCUAAUCACCUCAUCUCAGCGGUCUUAAGGAAGCCUCAUGCCCCUGGCUGGUUCCAAGCAUUUGUGGACGCUUUGAUACAUUCAGGUUGUGAAUAUGCAGCGGACUUCAUCCAGCCUGACAACCCUGUUGAUCCGACAGUAGAGGCAGAAAAUGAUUACUGUGUCAAGCUUAUUCAAAUACUCUAUCCCAGUCUUGUGGACAUGAAGACGGAAGUGGUGAACCUCGAAUGUUUUGCUAAAGAACUAAUCACCCAGGAUGACUUUGAGAAAAUUAAAACUAUAACAGCAAACGAGGGGAACAGGGGUGGAGCCCGUGAGCUUCUGGGAAGUAUCGUGAGAGGUCGACCUGGAUGGUUUUCUCAAUUUCUUGAAAUUCUGCGUGUAACUGAACACAAAGACCUGUAUGAGCUUACUGGAGGGUCAUCUGACUGUGACAAGACAGUUGGGAAACUGCCUUCGCUGAAAGAUGAACCGAUGGAAAGUGAAGCAGCAGCUGGAAGCCAGGAUAGCCCCGAGUUUAUGGUCAUCAGCUCUACCAACGAGCCUCCUGAAGAGCAAGACCUGUACCAAGGGGUGAGCGCUAAAUCCAGACAACUGCCAGACAGCGUUGAGCCCUCAACAUCAGAUCCUGUAGAAGCAGCCGGAGGACCAGAAAAAGAUGAUAUUGUUCUUCGAGAUUAUCAGAUGAAUGUGGCUGGACCUGCCUUGGAGGGGAAAAACAUCAUCAUAUGCCUCCCGACAGGAAGUGGUAAAACCAGAGUUGCCGUUUAUAUUACCAAAAAACAUCUGGACCACAAGAGGAAAGAGGGGUGUUCAGGGAAAGUUAUCAUCCUGGUUAACAAGGUUCCUCUUGUUGAGCAGCAUUUUAAUGCAGAGUUCCAACCAUUUUUGAAGCACACGUAUAAAGUGGAGAGAGUCAGCGGAGACUCCCAGCUCAAAAUCUCUUUCACAGAGAUCGUGAAGAAUAAUGACGUCAUCGUUUGCACAGCCCAGAUCCUUGAGAAUUACCUGGAGAGGGCUAUCACUGGAGAGGACGAAGGGGUGGACUUGAGUGAUCUGACACUGAUCGUGAUAGAUGAGUGUCACCACACUCAGAAAGGGGGAGUGUACAACCACAUAAUGAUGCGAUACCUGAAGCAGAAGCACAAGAACAUAAGGCUGAAGAAGGAGCAAAAGAAGACCAAGCCCCUCCCUCAGAUUCUGGGCCUGACUGCCUCACCAGGGGUCGGGGGGGCCACCAAAAUGGCGAAAGCUGAGGACCACAUACUGCGCAUUUGUGCAAACUUGGAUGCUUCCAAAAUCAUGACAACUGACCUUGGCCAAUUCAAAAGGGAGCCAAGGAAAAGCAUUCAAACUGUUGAAGACAGAAAAGAGGAUCCCUUUGGUGAUGUCAUCAAGAACAUCAUGAAUGCCAUUCAUACCCAUGCCGAGCUGAAUCCCACCUUUGACCUUGGCUCUCAGAGCUAUGAACAGUGGGUUGUUCAAAAAGAGCGGAUAGCUGCAACGGAAGAAAAUCCGAAAGUGCGGGUUUGCGCAGAGCACCUCAAACAGUACAGUGAGGGCCUGAACCUCUGCAACACCAUUCGCAUGCGUGAUGCCUUGAAUUUCCUGACCGAAUACCAGGAGGAAGAGAAAAAGAAAAAAAAAUCACCAGAUGCCGAGCUAGUCAUAAAAACCACAGAAACCGAGCAAUUCCUCUUCGAUUUGUUUGAAGGGAAGAAUGAGGGGCUGAAGCAGCUGUCAGAUAAACCAGAGUUUGAAAACGACAGCCUGUCAAAACUACGAAAUAAAGUCCUGCAUGAGUUCACUAGCAGAGAGAAGGCCAGGGGCAUCAUUUUCACCAAAACCCGACGCAGUGCCAUUGCUCUAAGCCAAUGGAUUCAGGAAAACCCCAAGUUUGCUGAUGUUGGAGUGAAAGCCUACCAUGUGAUCGGAGCAGGAGAUCAGAGCGUUGUAAAACCAAUGACCUCUGCAGAGCAAAGGGAUGUGUUGACCAAAUUCCGCGACGGUGAAGUCAACUUGCUGAUUGCCACCACAGUGGCCGAGGAAGGUUUGGACAUCGCAGCGUGCAACUUUGUUAUCCGAUACGGCCUCGUGACCAAUGAGAUUGCUAUGAUUCAGGCUCGAGGAAGAGGAAGAGCUGAGGACAGCAGCUACACACUGGUCGAUGUGAAGAACUCUGGAGUGGCCGAGAAGGAGUGUGUCAAUGAGUACCGCAUCACCAUGAUGAACAAAGCCAUCGACAAAAUCAGAACCUUAAAACAAGAAGACUAUGACAGAAAGAUAUUCGAGUUUCAGAUGCAGGCUAUCAUGGAGGGGAGGAUGCGAAUGAAAAAGAAGCAGCAACAACAAAUGCAGACUGAGAAGGGUGAAGUGAAGUUUAGCUGCCGAAGCUGCAGCAAGCAUGUCUGCACCGGCGAGGACAUCCAGAUGGUCGACGUGCACAGAGUCAAUGUCUCAUUAGAGUUCAGAAACCUGUUCAUCAAGAGAGAAAACACUACUCUUCAGGAGCGGCAUUGUGAUUCUGAGACUGAGACCAAUGAAUACAUAGCAUGCAAAGACUGUGGACAGAGAUGGGGUUCCAUGAUGCUCUACCGAGGAAUCGAUUGCCCCUCCCUUCACGUGAAAAACUUUGUGGUGACGUUCAACGGUAAGAAGAAGACCAAAUGCACCAGUUGGAGUGACCUCAAAAUGAAGUUUCCUGACUUUAACUACAGUGAAUAUGCGGGCCAGUUGGGAGAAUGCUCAGACGAAGAUGACUGACUGAAUCACAACUGUGCACACUCGGUAAUUCUCACAAAAGCAUAUAGUAUCUUCUCUUUAGCUUGGACAGCAUGAGUUGCUGUACCUUUACACUGCAAUGUUUCCUGAAGUAUCUGAUAACUGAUAGUGGGGAAUGUAAGCAUGUGCUGCAAAGCAUUAACAAUAUUUGUAUCAUUUUUUGGGGAAAAGGCUUAUUCACAUUAUGUAAGAUUGUCAAAAUAUACAUUUUUCAUUGGUGUUGUUUGGGUAUUAUUUGCUUUAUGUUGAUAUAACUGUUACUGAAAUAACAAGCAAUUACAAAAUGUGUGUUCAUUUAAUCGGCAUCACUGAUGCAAAAUGAAAAAAAUAAAUGUCCUCUCAAACCCCUGUGGUCUCAUGAGAUUGCAGCCGCUGAGCCUGUGAUAGCCCCUCAGAGCCCACCUGUCACAUAAAUGCAGAUAAACAGGUGCUGCUGAUUCUCCAUGAAAUCCAACUGUUGAGCCAGUCACAGCGGCUAUUUUUAGAACCAUUUCUAAAUAAUGUUUCCUCAUACAGAAAGUCACCUGUGUGUCUGACUGUCUGAGGAAUGCUUCUCAGUUGUCUGUAUUAUCAAUCAAUAAAGGUGUGUCCACUCUC